AAUAAAGAAGCAGCAAUUGCUGCAUUUGCUUUUAAAUGGGUUUAAAAGAAGCUCAACGAUAUCUUUGCUCCCAAGAAAAUAUAACAUGCUUCAGACAGCACAGCUCUACUGCUACCACUGUACUUCUUUAUAUAAUUUUCAUAACUGGAAUCCUUCUUGCAACAUUUGGAAACCUAAUUGUGAUCAUUUCUAUUUCUCACUUCAAAAAUCUUUACACACCAACAAAUGUGCUGACGCUCUCACUUGCAGUUACUGAUUUUCUUAUUGGACUUUGUGACAUGCCAGUUAUGAUGGUAAAAGCUGUGGAUGAAUGUUGGUACCUACAUGAAAUUGUAUGCAUGGCUUUAGUAUUUUAUCAUACUGCUCUGACAUCAACUUCUGUUACUCAUCUUAUAUUUCUUGCUAUUGAUCGUUACUUUGCUGUUUGCUAUCCAUUGAUAUAUAUGACAAAAAUGACAACUAGAAGAGCCUGGCUGUUUGCUGCAAUAAGUUGGUUAUAUCCUAUUCUAUAUACUAUUUUUAUAUGCCAUUAUACUUUUGAAACUUUAUAUAGUGCAGAUCACCACUGUCAAGGAACAUGUGCCAUUAAUGUUUAUUACACAAUUCAAACUGUGGAUCUUAUAUUGGCAUACAUUCUUCCAUUGACUGUUAUCAUAGCUGCAUAUUCAAAGAUUUUUUUUGUUGCAGCAGAGCAUGCUAGAGCAAUUAGAUUAGCAAAGCAUGCAGGCAAAACUUUGGGAAAAAAACAGGUUAAAAGUGUUCAAAACCAGCAUAAGGCUACUGUCACAAUAGGUGUUUUAGUCUCUACCUUUAUUGUAUGUGUUUCUCCUUUAUAUCUUUGUCAGUUUAUAGAGGGAUAUACAGGUAUAUCAACUUUUGUAAGAAGUGCAUUGCAAUAUUUCUAUUUAUUCAAUUUUGCCUUUAACCCAAUAAUAUAUGGAUUAUUUUAUCCUUGGUUUCGUAAAGCACUAAAAAUUAUUGCCACAUGCAACAUAUUUAAAACAGAUUCUUCUUUAAUGAACCUUUUCCCCCAACAUUUUUAA